GCGCAGCGGGGUCCCGGGACCCGGGCGGUGGUGCCUCGGAGGCGAGCCCCCUUCCAGGGGUGGGAGGGAAAGAACCCUUCGUUCCAGGGCCCCGCCCUCUCGUGCACCCUCCCUCUCCCAGCCGGCAUGUCCUGUUGGGCUGGAGCCUGGCGAGCUCAUUACAGCCGCCCCUCGGGGUCCCUCCUGCCCCGCGCACACGCGUGGCUACAGGGGUUGCGGGGGGCGAGGCGGGGAGGAGAGGCGCCGUGGGUCCGGGGUUGCAGCUCAGCCUCCCUUCUCUCCGUGGUGCUGAGCAGGAGGAAUUCUGAAAAGCCCAGGGCAGGGCUCAUCGCACGGGACUUUGCUCGCUGCCUUCACCGUCACAAGCUCAUAGUGAAAGCGAAAGUUGGGCAGUGCCUUGGGUGGGAGGCAAGGAGCUCAAGUUAAUCAUCGCCACGUCCAGGGAACGGGUUUAUAGCCCUAACUCGGCAGCCCCGAGGUUCAGGCUGACCGAGCAAACCGGCAGGUCGGCUGCUCCGGGCAUCUGUUCUGGGCCAGCGAGGGGGGUCUAAGUGCUUCUUCCCUGGCGGUGGGAAGGAUUAUAGAUACAGUUUCUGAAGUGUUUAGCUCAGCACCUGGAAGGAAAGAGAGAUCAAGUCUCUGACGGCUGAAAUUGAUCGGCUGAAAAACGGUGGCUGUUUAGAAGCUUCUCCGAAUUUGGAGCAGCUGCGGGAAGAAAACUUAAAAUUAAAGUAUCGACUGAAUAUCCUUCGAAAGACUUGUCCUGUUACAGUUCCUAGCAUACCCCAGAUGGGAGAGCAUCGCAUUGUGAGUAGUCUUCAAGCAGAAAGGAACAGACCAACUAAAAAUAUGAUUAACAUCAAUCGCCGCCUACAAGAGGUCUUUGGCUGUGCCAUUAAGGCUGCGUAUCCAGAUUUGGAAAAUCCUCCUCUACUAGUGACACCAAGUCAGCAGCCCAAGUUUGGGGACUAUCAGUGUAACAGUGCCAUGGGUAUCUCUCAGAUGCUCAAAACCAAGGAACAGAGAGUUAAUCCAAGAGAAAUUGCCGAAAACAUUACCAAACACCUCCCAGACAAUGAAUAUAUUGAAAAAGUUGAAAUUGCUGGUCCUGGUUUUAUUAAUGUCCACUUAAGAAAGAAUUUUGUAUCAAAGCAGUUGACCAAUCUCCUAGUGAAUGGUGUUCAACUACCUGCCCUUGGAGAGAACAAAAAGGUUGUAGUUGACUUUUCCUCUCCCAACAUAGCCAAAGAGAUGCACGUAGGCCAUCUCAGGUCAACUAUCAUAGGAGAGAGCAUGUGCCGCCUCUUUGAAUUUGCAGGAUAUGAUGUGCUAAGAUUAAACCAUGUAGGAGAUUGGGGAACCCAGUUUGGCAUGCUCAUCGCUCACCUGCAGGAUAAAUUUCCAGAUUACCUAACAGUUUCACCUCCUAUUGGGGAUCUGCAGGCCUUUUAUAAGGAAUCCAAGAAGAGAUUUGAUACUGAGGAGGAAUUUAAGAAGCGAGCGUACCAGUGUGUAGUUCUGCUCCAGAGUAAAGAUCCAGAUAUCAUAAAAGGUUGGAAGCUUAUCUGUGAUGUCUCCCGCCAAGAGUUUAAUAAAAUCUAUGAUGCAUUGGACAUCUCUUUAAUAGAGAGGGGGGAGUCCUUCUAUCAAGAUAGGAUGAAUGAUGUUGUAAAGGAAUUUGAAGAUAAAGGAUUUGUGCAAGUGGAUGAUGGCAGAAAGAUUGUAUUUGUCCCAGGAUGUUCCAUACCUUUAACCAUAGUGAAGUCCGAUGGAGGUUAUACCUAUGAUACAUCUGACCUGGCUGCUCUUAAACAAAGACUAAUUGAGGAAAAAGCAAAUACGAUUAUCUACGUGGUGGACAGUGGACAAGCUGUGCACUUCCAGACAGUAUUUGCUGCUGGCCAAAUGAUUGGUUGGUAUGACCCUAAAGUAACUCGGGUGUAUCAUGCUGGAUUUGGUGUGGUGCUGGGGGAAGACAAGAAGAAGUUCAAAACACGUUCAGGUGAAACAGUGCGCCUCAUAGACCUUUUGGAAGAAGGACUAAAACGAUCCAUGGACAAAUUGAAGGAAAAAGAAAGAGACAAGGUUCUAACCCCAGAGGAACUGAAGGCUGCUCAGACAUCCGUUGCUUAUGGCUGUAUCAAAUAUGCUGAUCUCUCCCAUAACCGGUGGAAUGACUACAUCUUCUCCUUUGACAAAAUGCUGGACGACAGAGGAAACACAGCUGCUUACUUGUUGUAUGCUUUCACCAGAAUCAGGUCUAUUGCUCGUCUGGCCAAUAUUGAUGAAGAGAUGCUCCAGAAAGCCGCUCGAGAGACCGAGAUCACCUUGGACCACGAGAAGGAAUGGAAACUGGGCCGGUGUAUCCUACGGUUCCCUGAGAUUCUGCAGAAGAUUUUGGAUGACCUGUUUCUGCACACUCUCUGUGAUUAUAUCUAUGAGCUGGCAACUACUUUCACUGAAUUUUAUGAUAGCUGCUAUUGUGUGGAGAAAGAUCGGCAAACUGGAAAAGUGUUGAAGGUGAACAUGGGCCGUAUGCUGCUAUGUGAAGCAGUGACUGCUGUCAUGGCCAAGGGGUUCGAUAUCCUGGGAAUAAAACCCGUCCAAAGAAUGUAAUCUUUCUAGGUUUGAACACUGUGUGUUUUUACCAAAGUGGCCAUUCGCACUGUUGGCUUUUUUACAAUCAUGUGGAUAUAAAAACAAGUAAAGGAAAUUUGUCAACUAUCUA